AUGUCAAUAACAACUCUGUACUACUUACACUUGAAGAGAGAAAAUGCUCAUGAAGACUCAAUUUGGUGUUGUGGCUGGAGUAAAAUAGAGCACGAGAAGCCCAAAGAAGCUGAGAAAAAUGGUGAACACAUUGAAAAUUCGCAGGAUUCAAAUCACACACAGCCAAGUUCAGAAGACUUUUUGAUUACUGGUGGUUUAGAUGAUUUGAUAAAGAUAUGGCGUCUGGAGAAUGGUAAACUUGAAGAGAAAUUUCAAUUAGAAGGACAUUCACUUGGAGUAAUCUCAGUUGCUGUUAGUCCUGAUGGAAAAAUCCUUGCAAGCAGUUCUCAAGACUCUUCUCUUAUCUUAUGGGACUUAACAAAUGGGGAGAAGCUUAAAACAAUGGAAACAGGUCCCACAGAUGUCUGGACUCUAGAUUUUUCACCUGAUGGCAAACAUGUUAUAUCUGGGAGCAAUGCAGGGAAAAUCCUGAUAUUUAGUGUAGAAAGUGGAAAGCAAGAACAGACAUUGGACACAAGAGGCAAAUUCACAUUAAGUGUUGCUUAUAGUCCAGAUGGCAAAUACAUAGCUAGUGGAGCUUUGGACGGUAUCAUUAGCAUAUUUGAUGUAGCACAAGGAAAGUUGGUGCACACACUGGAAGGCCACGCUAUGCCUAUUAGAAGUCUUUGUUUUUCCCCAGACUCUCAACUGCUUUUAACUGCCUCUGAUGAUGGCCAUAUGAAGCUUUAUGAUGUGGCUCACGCAAACUUGGCUGGUACUCUAUCAGGUCACGCGUCAUGGGUACUCUCAGUUGCAUUUUCUCCAGACGGAAAGCGUUUUGCAUCUGGUAGCGCAGAUCGAACAGUCCGAGUUUGGGAUUUAGACAGCAUGCAGUGCCAACAUGUAUUUAAAGAACACAGUGACCAGGUUUGGGGUGUAAAGUUUAAUUCAGAAAGUAACAAGAUUAUGUCUGUUUCAGAAGAUAAAAGUAUGAAUAUUUAUGACUGUCCUUUAUAA